GAGGCUGAAGCACUGUGAGUCCAUCGUGGAGCCCAGGACUGCACACAGAGAAUCAUGGGGGAUGAUGAUGACCUGGAAAAGCAGGCCCAGGAGAUGGCCGAAAAGGCCUUGCCGAGCAGUCUCCCAGAGGCUGCGCGACGGGCCAAGAUCCCAGCGAUCAAACAGAAGAUCUUGGAGCGGCUGAAGGCGCAGAAGGUGGAAAACGCCUCGAAGCCUGCGCCGAAAGCAGGUGCACUGGUUCCAACAUCCGUGCCAGCGCAGGCUCCUGUUCAGCCGCCUCCACCUGCUGGACAGCCACCAGCACCUCCACCACCGCCCUCUGAUGUGGGCGUGGGAGUGGUGAGACUUAGUGGUGUGGAGAUCUGUGGCGAUGAGCCCUGGUUUGCCGAUGCGGCCAUCCGGAAGCGCCUGAGGGAAUCCGUUGCAGAUGCUCACAAGGAGCAGAAGAUUCUCGUAGGACCUCCAGCAGAUGAGGUGGUACGAAUAUGCCCUGAGGAUGGCCGCGUCCUUGGCGCCGGCGCCGUGUUGCGCCUGGGCGGCGCCCAUCUGGGUGGCUACGGCGAGUCGGACAUCGCCUAUGCGUAUCGACAGCUUUCUCGAGCACUUCAUCCAGAUAAGAAUCCAGAUCUGGACAAGGCUCAAGCGGCCUUCCACCGCCUCUCAGAGGCUUCUGAAGAACUCCGACAGGGACUUCAGGAACAGCGAAAUGCGUUGAAGCUCAUUGUCGGCGUUAUGGGUGGUACAGCCACAGAGAUGAUGCUGGAGAGACCACAGGAGGCUUUGUUUGCAGAAGCCUGUAGACUUCUUUGCGCUGUUUGCGGUAUCGUGACAGAGGGAGAAGUGUCUCACGUGGCACAGGCCAGGGCCCAGAUCAAGUUUCAGCGCUCCUCUCGGAUGUUCUACAGCUGUCACAUGCAGACGCUGAUGUCCGAAUGGUUUGAGAAGACGCACUUGCUGGAUCUAUAUGCAAGCGUGCCCAUCAGGACCGCGUAUGAUUGCGCGCCGAAAUGUUUCCGCGCGCAGUUCUUGUGCCUCCUCAACAGGGCUGCGAUGGCUGAGGCAAAGCGGUUCAACGAUUGCGUCCGCGGCAGCUGGCCGAAGAUCAUGCAGACCUUUCCUGAGAUGGGGCUCUGGCGCGAACUUCGGCAGGCCAUCCACACGCGAGUUUGGGACACCACUGGCGAACCGCUGGUGGCAGCACCACAGGAGCCGGUGGAAGAAACGAAGAGGAGCAAAAGCAGAAAGAGGAGCAGGAGUCGCAGCCGCAGCCGACGCCGCCGCGACCGUGACCGGGGCCGUGGCAACAAACGGGAAGAUGGGACCUACGAGCUCGAUGACGGGCGACGUCACCGAGAAGAUACCAAUUGGUAUGAAAAGAACCCCAUCGGCAGUCGGGGCAGGGGACCAAUGGCUGAGCGUGAGCGAAAACGUGAUUUGGCCUGGGAUUCCCGCUGGACGACCAGCGAAGAUGAUGGACCCAAACCACAAAAGGCCACGGAGGAGCAACCCCCAGAGGAAGUGGGUCGAGAUCCAAGGGAGGUCAUUUCUGCACACCCCUCGGGCUACCGCGCUUGUAAAUGGGCGCGAAAAUGGCGCUCAGCCAUGGCGGCGAUCCUGCCGAGCGGCUUCGAUGCUGCAGUGCCUUUAACAGAUACGGAGGUCAGAAAGCUUGGCUUGCUGCUGUGGAAGGACAUUGUCUCGUGGGCGGAGCACACCGAAAUCAAUCGCUACCUGGGCCUGUUCAGAGCUGAUCAUCAAAAUUCCAAGACCUUUGGAUGGGACGGUAAGGAGUCCGGUCGAAGUCGCGGUUUGGAGCCGAUGGCCACUCCAGCUGAAUGGUCCUUCGUGCCAGUCACGGACUUGUUCCUGGUUGUGGGAGAAGGUCUCGUGGGCAUCACUACCGAAGGCAUCUUUGCAGAGAAGCUGAAAGGACAAGGACGAUCCAGUCUUAGAGAUUGUUAUAAGAAGUCGGGUCCUCAGAUUCUAUUCUCCGCCCCGACAGUUGGGCCCGGCCCUGCAGGGCCAUGGAGGUAGGUGCACUGUUUCCAUCUAGAGAAGCACAACACCAGUCACGUUCUGAACAGAACCUGCAGGUUCAAUUUGAAAAUCACCAAGUCCAGUCUACACAGUGACACAGUGCAUGCACCAGAUCAUCAUGCAGACCCAAUGACCUACAAACUUGGGCCAAUUGGGUCAUGUUGGUUUUUCGCCAGCAACUUGGGAUGGCGCCCCAUCCGAUUUGGGACCUGGCCAUCUUUCGCGGAGAACUUUCUGCUGGUGCACGAGGGAGAUGGCUUGGCCCGAGGUGUCCACGGCAAUUCCCGAAAAUUGGGAGCAAUGUAGCACCCUCAAGCGACAACGAACCAUGACAAAUGAACGAACUAUGACCAAAUGCAGUAAGAUGCAAAAAGUCAAU